GCAUUCUUGCAGACAUUCAUUCUGAUUUGUUACUUGCUGGAAUCCAAUCCAUCAAGACAUAGCAGAUCACAGCUCUACGAUGCAGCGGAGCAGCAUGUUGCUUCGCAUUCUUUUUUGCCUGACUUUUGUCGUGGCACUUUCCAAUGUUCAAGGAAGACCGGCAAGUGAGGAUUCUGAAACUGAUGGAUACUAUGAAACCACCUAUUAUUACACUUCUGUGGAUGCAAUGGAAGAAUCUGAAUCGAGUUACGAAAUGUCAGAUGAUUCUUCCUGGUCAUAUUCAAGCUCUGGUUCUUCUUGGAGUGAAGGGCAGUCUGAGGAUGAAUUCAGUAAAAGUCAAAAGGGACAAAAAGGAAGAAAAGCUAAAGGGGAGAGUUCUCAAAUGAAAGAGAUGACUUAUGAAUCUGAAGGCGGUUCAAGAAGUGGAAGUGAGGGAAGUAACACGCAGAAAGGGGGUAAUGAAGUGGAUAAUGCAUCUUCUGGAAAAUCAUCAAAAGAUAGCAACUCCUCAAAUAAAAAUUCUUACAGUAGUGAAGGAGGAUAUGAAGAAAUCUUUUACAGUUCCCAGGAAUCUAUGAGCGAAGCAGAAUACAACAACGAAUCCAAAAGCGGAAGUGAAAGACGCAGGUCAAGCAGUAUGUCAAGAACUGGAAGUGAAAGUGGAAAUAACGAUGAUGGAAGUCAAUCAACUGAUGUAGCUAAAAGUGGAAGUAAAAAUGAGAAGAGAAAUAGCUCUAAAAGCGGAAGCGAAACCAGAAGUAGUACUUCAGAAGAAAGCAGUUUCGAUAGUUCUAGUAGCAAUCAAAAAAAUAAACAAUCUUCGCGUCAGUCAACAGGUAUAGCUAGACGUGGCAUGAACGGCAAAGACAAGGAUUCUUAUGAUGAUGAAGGCAAGAAUGGAAAUAAUACAGAUGACGGUUCAGACAAAAAGGGAAAUGACGGAAAAGGUAAAGGGGAUAAGCAAUCUCAUAAAGGAAAGACACCAAAUAGUUCAAAUGACAAAGCACGGCCAGAUAAAGAUAAGUCAUCGCCCAAAUCGGGAAAACAAAAAAAUCACCAUAAAACGGAAGGCAGUUAUUCAGAACAUGAAUCUGAAGAAGACGACAAUAGUGAUUUUUCUGAAAGUAAACGAAAAAGAAGCCAACACCAUCAUAAGUCCACUGAUAUAUCAAAAAAUGAAAACGGUGAUGAUAAAACCAGUCCAAACCAAGGAAAACCCGGCAAAGAUUCAAACGCACCUGGUGAAGGAGAUCAUGCGAAAGGGAAACCAAAAGAUGGUAACAAACCUGAACAUGGUGGAAAGAAACCUCAUGGUCACAAAGACAAGCCAAAACCUAGGGACAAAAAGCCAUCUGAUAAACCUGGCAAGAAGAAGCCUCACAAGCCUGGCAGUACAAAUACUGAACGAAGUUCAGAAGAGGAUGACAGUUCUGAAUUUUCAGAAAGCAGAUCUGGACACAAACGACACCAUCACAAAUCAUCAGAAAAAUCUGGAAGAGGGGGAAACCCUGGAGAUAAAACACCUCACCACAAACCAGGGCAUAAGAAACCUUCGGAUGACGACACCGAUGACGAUAAACCAGGUAAAAAUCCGAAGAAACCUACCGGUGAUGAUAAGAGCCCACAUCAUCAUGGGAAAAAGCCUGGCCAUCCAAACGAUGGUGAUAAGAAACCUGGAAAGAAGCCCGGUCAACCAAACGAUGAUGAUAAAACAAGACCAAAACCAGGUAAACCCGGCAAAGAUUCAAACGCACCUGGUGAAGGCGAUCAUGCGAAAGGGAAACCUAAAGAUGGUGACAAACCUGAACAUGGUGGAAAGAAACCUCAUGGUCACAAAGACAAGUCAAAACCUAGGGACAAAAAUCCAUCUGAUAAACCUGGCAAGAAGAAGCCUCACAAGCCUGGGAGUACAAAUACUGAACGAAGUUCAGAAGAGGAUGACAGUUCUGAAUUUUCGGAAAGCAGAUCUGGACACAAACGACAUCAUCCCAAAUCAUCUGAAAAAUCUGGAAAAGGAGGGAAACCUGGUGAUAAAACACCUCACCACAAACCAGGUCAUAAGAAACCUUCGGAUGACGACACUGAUGACGAUAAACCAGGUAAAAAGCCAAAGAAACCUACCGGUGGAGAUAAGAGCCCACAUCAUCAUGGGAAAAAGCCUGGCCAUCCAACCGAUGGUGAUAAGAAACCUGGAAAGAAGCCCGGUCAACCAAACGAUGAUGAUAAAACCAGACCAAAACCCGGUAAACCCGGCAAAGAUUCAAACGCACCUGGUGAAGGCGAUCAUGCGAAAGGGAAACCAAAAGACGGUGACAAACCUGAACAUGGUGGAAAGAAACCUCAUGGUCACAAAGACAAGCCAAAACCUAGGGACAAAAAGCCAUCUGAUAAACCUGGCAAGAAGAAGCCUCACAAGCCUGGCAGUACAAAUACUGAACGAAGUUCAGAAGAGGAUGACAGUUCUGAAUUUUCGGAAAGCAGUUCUGGACACAAACGACACCAUCACAAAUCAUCAGAAAAAUCUGGAAAAGGAGGAAAACCUGGUGAUAAAACACCUCACCACAAACCAGGGCAUAAGAAACCUUCGGAUAACGACACUGAUGACGAUAAACCAGGUAAACAGCCGAAGAAACCUACCGGUGGAGAUAAGAGCCCACAUGAUCAUGGGAAAAAGCCUGGCCAUCCAAACGAUGGUGAUAAGAAACCUGGGAAGAAGCCGGGUCAACCAAACGAUGAUGAUAAAACAAGACCAAAACCAGGUAAACCCGGCAAAGAUUCAAACGCACCUGGUGAAGGAGAUCAUGCGAAAGGGAAACCAAAAGAUGGUGACAAACCUGAACAUGGUGGAAAGAAACCUCAUGGUCACAAAGACAAGCCAAAACCUAGGGACAAAAAGCCAUCUGAUAAACCUGGCAAGAAGAAGCCUCACAAGCCUGGGAGUACAAAUACUGAACGAAGUUCAGAAGAGGAUGACAGUUCUGAAUUUUCGGAAAGCAGUUCCGGUCACAAACGACACCAUCACAAAUCAUCAGAAAAAUAUGGAAAAGGAGGAAAACCUAGUGAUAAAACACCUCACCACAAACCAGGGCAUAAGAAACCUUCGGAUGACGACACUGAUGACGAUAAACCAGGUAAAAAGCCGAAGAAACCUACCGGUGAAGAUAAGAGCCCACAUCAUCAUGGGAAAAAGCCUGGCCAUCCAAACGAUGGUGAAAAGAAACCUGGAAAGAAGCCCGGGCAUCCAAAGGAUGAUGAUAAAACAAGACCAAAACCAGGUAAACCCGGCAAAGAUUCAAACGCACCUGGUGAAGGCGAUCAUGUGAAAGGGAAACCAAAAGACGGUGACAAACCUGAACAUGGCGGAAAGAAACCUCAUGGUCACAAAGACAAGCCAAAACCUAGGGACAAAAAGCCAUCUGAUAAACCUGGCAAGAAGAAGCCUCACAAGCCUGGCAGUACAAAUACUGAAAUAAGUUCAGAAGAGGAUGACAGUUCUGAAUUUUCGGAAAGCAGUUCUGGACACAAACGACACCAUCACAAAUCAUCAGAAAAAUCUGGAAAAGGAGGAAAACCUGGUGAUAAAACACCUCACCACAAACCAGGGCAUAAGAAACCUUCGGAUAACGACACUGAUGACGAUAAACCAGGUAAAAAGCCGAAGAAACCUACCGGUGGAGAUAAGAGCCCACAUGAUCAUGGGAAAAAGCCUGGCCAUCCGAACGAUGGUGAUAAGAAACCUGGGAAGAAGCCCGGUCAACCAAACGAUGAUGAUAAAACAAGACCAAAACCAGGUAAACCCGGCAAAGAUUCAAACGCACCUGGUGAAGGAGAUCAUGCGAAAGGGGAACCAAAAAAUGGUGACAAACCUGAACAUGGUGGAAAGAAACCUCAUGGUCACAAAGACAAGCCAAAACCUAGGGACAAAAAGCCAUCUGAUAAACCUGGCAAGAAGAAGCCUCACAAGCCUGGGAGUACAAAUACUGAACGAAGUUCAGAAGAGGAUGACAGUUCUGAAUUUUCGGAAAGCAGUUCCGGACACAAACGACACCAUCACAAAUCAUCAGAAAAAUAUGGAAAAGGAGGAAAACCUAGUGAUAAAACACCUCACCACAAACCAGGGCAUAAGAAACCUUCGGAUGACGACACUAAUGACGAUAAACCAGGUAAAAAGCCGAAGAAACCUACCGGUGGUGAUAAGAGCCCACAUGAUCAUGGGAAAAAGCCUGGCCAUCGAAACGAUGGUGAAAAGAAACCUGGAAAGAAGCCCGGUCAUCCAAAGGAUGAUGAUAAAACAAGACCAAAACCAGGUAAACCCGGCAAAGAUUCAAACGCACCUGGUGAAAGCGAUCAUGCGAAAGGGAAACCUAAAUAUGGUGACAAACCUGAACAUGGUGGAAAGAAACCUCAUGGUCACAAAGACAAGCCAAAACCUAGGGACAAAAAGCCAUCUGAUAAACCUGGCAAGAAGAAGCCUCACAAGCCUGGCAGUACAAAUACUGAACGAAGUUCAGAAGAGGAUGACAGUUCUGAAUUUUCGGAAAGCAGAUCUGGACACAAACGACAUCAUCACAAAUCAUCUGAAAAAUCUGGAAAAGGAGGGAAACCUGGUGAUAAAACACCUCACCACAAACCAGGUCAUAAGAAACCUUCGGAUGACGACACUGAUGACGAUAAACCAGGUAAAAAGCCGAAGAAACCUACCGGCGGUGAUAAGAGCCCACAUGAUCAUGGGAAAAAGCCUGGCCAACUAAACGAUGGUGAUAAGAAACCUGGGAAGAAGCCCGGUCAACCAAACGAUGAUGAUAAAACAAGACCAAAACCAGGUAAACCCGGCAAAGAUUCAAACACACCUGGUGAAGGAGAUCAUGCGAAAGGGAAACCAAAAGAUGGUGACAAACCUGAACAUGGUGGAAAGAAACCUCAUGGUCACAAAGACAAGCCAAAACCUAGGGACAAAAAGCCAUCUAAUAAACCUGGCAAGAAGAAGCCUCACAAGCCUGGCAGUACAAAUACUGAACGAAGUUCAGAAGAGGAUGACAGUUCUGAAUUUUCGGAAAGCAGAUCUGGACACAAACGACAUCAUCACAAAUCAUCAGAAAAAUCUGGAAAAGGAGGGAAACCUGGUGAUAAAACACCUCAUCACAAACCAGGUCAUAAGAAACCUUCGGAUGACGACACUGAUGACGAUAAACCAGGUAAAAAGCCGAAGAAACCUACCGGCGGUGAUAAGAGCCCACAUCAUCAUGGGAAAAAGCCUGGCCAACCAAACGAUGGUGAUAAGAAACCUGGAAAGAAGCCCGGUCAUCCAAAGGAUGAUGAUAAAACAAGACCAAAACCAGGUAAACCCGGCAAAGAUUCAAACGCACCUGGUGAAGGAGAUCAUGCGAAAGGGAAACCAAAAGAUAGUGACAAACCUGAACAUGGUGGAAAGACACCUCAUGGUCACAAAGACAAGCCAAAACCUAGGGACAAAAAGCCAUCUGAUAAACCUGGCAAGAAGAAGCCUCACAAGCUUGGCAGUACAAAUACUGAACGAAGUUCAGAAGAGGAUGACAGUUCUGAAUUUUCGGAAAGCAGUUCUGGACACAAACGACACCAUCACAAAUCAUCAGAAAAAUAUGGAAAAGGAGGAAAACCUGGUGAUAAAACAUCUCACCACAAACCAGGGCAUAAGAAACCUUCGGAUGACGACACUGAUGACAAUAAACCAGGUAAAAAGCCGAAGAAACCUACCGGUGGAGAUAAGAGCCCACAUGAUCAUGGGAAAAAGCCUGGCCAUCCAAACGAUGGUGAUAAGAAACCUGGAAAGAAGCCCGGUCAUCCAAAGGAUGAUGAUAAAACAAAACCAAAACCAGGUAAACCCGGCAAAGAUUCAAACGCACCUGGUGAAGGUGAAAAUCCGAAGGGGAAACCAAAGCAUGAUGAUAAGCCUGAACAUGGUGAGAAAAAACCUCAUGGUUCAAAGAAUAAACCUAACCAGGAUGAUAGUAAUAAGCCUACAAAUGAUAAAGAUAAAAAAAGUGGAGGAUCCAAUGAAAUUGAUGGAUACAGUGGUAAAAAUUACAAAUGCAGGUCUCGUGGCAGAGGUGAUUCUCCCGACAAAGGAAAUAAACAUCCUCAGAAAGAUAAGAACAGUCCUAAAAGAAAAAAGCCCAAAACUAAAAAAGAUACAUCAGAUGACAACGACAGUAUUUAUUUUUAUAGUGAUUCUGAAGAGGAUGAUAGUUUUGAAUCAUCUGAAACCAGUAGUAAGCACUCACAUUAUUACCACAAAUCAUCAGAAACAUACGGGCGAUCUGGAGGUGAGAAACCUAAACACAAAGCUGGAAACAAACCAUCCGAUGAUGAUGAUGAUGAUGACACCGACAAUGACGAUUAUGAUAAUAACAAACCUGGUAAUAGACCAAGAAAACCAUCUGAUAAGGAUUCAGAUGAUUCUGAUGAAGACGUUGAUUCAGAAAGGAAACCAGGUAAUAAACCAACGGAUAAAACUGGCAAAAAUAAGAAACCUAAUAAGCCUAAUGAGACAGAUACUGAAUAUAAUUCAGAAGAAGAUGAUACUUCUGAAUUAUCGGAAACCAGUAGUCAACACACACGCCGUCACCAUAAAUCAUACGAUAAAUAUGGACGCGGAGGAAAAUUUGGAGAUAAGAAACCUAAGCGGAAGCCAGGAGAUAAAGGACCGUCCGAUGAUGUUGAUGAUGAUGAUGAUAACGCGCCCGGCGAAAACUCAACAAAACCUUCCGGGGACACCAAAAAGUCUCGAAAGAAACCUGGUCAUCCAAAGGGUGGUAGCAAAAAGAAACCAAAACCGAAUGAAUCAGGUAAAGAUUCCAAUGAGUCUGAAGAUGAUGAUUCAAAAGGGAAAUUAGGCGACAAAGAUAAAAGUCGUAAACCUAAACAUGAUGGAAAGAAGCCUCGUGGUUACAAGGAUAAGAAACCAUCGGAUAAAAAAACCCAGAAGCCUGGUGGUACACAUACUGAAAAUAGUUCCGAAGAAACGGACAGUUCUGAAUCAUCUGCAACCCGCCAUCGACGCACACAUCACCACCAAAAAUCAUCAAAUAAACCUGGAAGUGGAGUCAAACCUGGUGAUAAAUAUCCUAAGAAGAAACCAGGAAAUGAAGAAUCUUCAGAUGAGGAUGAAAAUGAUAUGAACAAUAGACCCGGUGAAAAGCCUUCAAAACCCACAGAGGAAAAAAAGCGUCCUAAACAUCGAAAACCUAACAAGAAACAUGGUCAUCCGAAAGACAAAAACUUAAAACAUAAGAAAGGCAAAGGAAAGGAUAUCAAACACAAAAACAAACCUCAUGGACAUAAGCCAGAUGAUAAUAAAAACAAAAAUUAUCCUGGUGAUGAGAAAUCUAAAUCCAAAGAUAAAAGGCCGACAAAGGGUAAUAAAAAUCAUCCAACAAGACAGGUAGAAGACAGUUAUUCGUAUAACAGUUCAGAGGAAGAUGACAGCUCUGAUAGUUCAGUGAAUACCAAAAAGAACCGUCGCCAUAGACAUAAGUCAACUAUACAGAAGGGUAAGGACGAUGACAAAUACCCUAAACACAAACAUGGAACUAAGAAGCCAUCGGAAGAUGAAGAGGACUACAAUACUAAGAAAAGAGGAAGAAGACCUUCAAAAGAUCGUAAAAAUAAUAAACCAGACAAACAUAAAGAUUCUGAGAAGAAAGGGAAAGAUUCCAAAGGUAAAAAAACGCAUGAUGUAAAAGGAAAACAUGACAAAACUAAUAAAAAAGGAAAAAAUGUACAUCAUAAAAAGAAGCAUGGAAACAAAACUUCUAAGGAUAAACAAGAUAGACACAGAACUGGGUACAAACCAUCAAAACAUGACAAAGCUCCAAGUCGAAAACACGAUCAUCCAAAACAUAAGAAGCAUUUAAGAGGGAAAGAACACGAUGAUAGUGACGAAUCAAAUGAAGAAUAUAAAGGAAAGAGAGGAAAAGACUUAGAGCACAGAAAACAUUACAAAAAGUCUGGUAAGGAUAGAAAAACUUCAAACAAGGAUAAAAGUAAACACAGACCCUCAAAGGAUGGGAAGAAACCAAAAAAAUAUCACCGUCACUCGCAAAAAACAGGCGUUAAUUCUUAUCACAGUUCAGAAGAAUUUGAUUCUUCGGACGAAUCAGAUAAUAAUGUUCGCAGAAAACAUCAUGAACGUAGGUCCUAUGACAGACGAGGAACUAAGGACGAUAAAAAGCAUCAUGGACACCCUAAACAUAAAGAUGUUUCCAAGAAAAGACAUAAAGACAAUGACGAUAAAUUGAAACCCAAACAUAAGCAUGGCCAUAAGGGGAGGAAAGGCAAACACUGGAAUAAAAAAGAAAAUGGUUCAGAUUCAGAAGAAGUCGAUAAAAAAAAGGGUAAACAUAUAAAACAUCACAAAGAUCACAAACGGGACAAAAAAGGAGGUAAGCAUCAUCAUCCUGGAGGCGAUAAGAAAGGGACACACAAAAAUAAACCAUCCAAACAUGAUAAAAAUCAUCGAGGAUCCAGACAUAACCAUAAGGAUAAUAAACAUAAGGCACAUCCUAAGCAAACAAAAGUAAAUUAUGGUAAAAAAUAUAACGAAAUUAAAAAAUUCUUGGAAAACUUGACGUUUGAAGAUCUGCGAAGAGAUGAAAAUGUAGAAAAGAAGUUUUAUAAAUAUUUCAAUUUCUACGUAGAAUCUGAGAGCAUGUUUAAAUUUAUCAAAUUUUGCUUCCAAUAUUCCAAAGCACCCACCAAUUUUGGCAAACAUUUCUCGUCCAUCUUAAAGAUAAUUUUGGAGAAGAAAUUUGAUGAAGUCCCUGAUGACUAUUAUAUAAAAUUCAUCACUAAAGUGUCCGGUAAAAGUAAGAAAGAUUUCGGAAAGAAGUACAAAAAGAUCCAUCAAUUUUUGAAGGACUUGACCUUUGAAGAUUUACAAACUGAGGAGAUUAUGGAAAAAUUUUACAGUUAUUUCAACUUUAACGUGAAAUCUGAGAUCGUAUUCAGAUUUAUUAAGGAAUGUUUCCAAAAUCCUAAGAAGCCGGUGGAAUUUGAUUCUAAAUUCUCAUCAAUAUGGCAUUUAAUAAUUAACACAAAUUUCAGUCAAGUUAUUGAGAAGUACUACCCAACAUUUGUAAACAUUUUAUUCGGUAAAAACCAUAAAGGUAAUCCAAACAAUAAUAAAGAUGAUGACGACAGUAAUAGUAAUAACAAUAAAAAUGAUAUAGAUUUUGAGUCAAAAUAUGAGGAGAUACAUCAAUUUUUGGACGAUUUAACAUUUGAAAAACUACAAAAAAAUAAAAAGUUACAAAAGACUCUUUACAGAUACUUCAGAAUCAAUAUCAAAUCAAAGAGCAUGUUUAAAUUUAUUAAAUUCUGCUUCCAAUAUUCUAAAAAACCAACCGGUUUUGGAAAAAAUUUCUCAUCUAUCUUAAAAGUUAUUUUGAAUAAAAAGUUGAAAGAUAUUCCUGAUGAUUACUAUUCAAAAUUCAUCACUAAAGUGUUUGGUAAAAAUAAGAAAGACUUCGGAAAGAAGUACAAAAGGAUUCAACAAUUUUUGAAAGAUUUAACCUUUGAAGAUCUACAAACUGAGGAGAAUAUGGAAACGUUUUACAGUUAUUUCAACUUUUAUGUGGAGUCUAAGGAAGUGUUCCAAUUUAUUAAGGAAUGUUUCCGGAAUCCCAAAAAACCAGCAGAUUUUGAUACUAAAUUCUCAUCGAUUUGGAACAUAAUGUUUAAUACUAAAUUUGAUAAAGUCAUUACAAAAUACUACAAAAUAUUUACUAAGAUUCUAUUCGGUAAGAACCAUAAAGGGCAUCCAAGCAACAAUGAAGAUGAUGACAACAGUAACAGCAAUAAUAAUAGCGAUGAUAUUGAUUUUGAGUCAAAAUAUGAGGAAAUACAUCAAUUUUUAGACGAUUUAACAUUUGAAAAACUUCAAAGAAAUAAAAAGUUACAAAAGACUCUUUACAGAUACUUCAGAAUCAAUAUCAAAUCAAAGAGCAUGUUUAAAUUUAUUAAAUUCUGCUUCCAAUAUUCUAAAAUACCAACCGGUUUUGGAAAAAAUUUCUCAUCUAUCUUAAAAAUUAUUUUGAAUAAAAAGUUGAAAGAUAUUCCUGAUGAUUACUAUACAAAAUUCAUCACUAAAGUGUUUGGUAAAAAUAAAAAAGACUUUGGAAAGAAGUACAAGCAGAUCCAACAAUUUUUGCAAGAUUUAACCUUUGAAGAUCUACAAACUGAGGAGAAUAUGGAAACGUUUUACAGUUAUUUCAACUUUAACGUGGAAUCUGAGAUCGUGUUCAAAUUUAUUAAGGAAUGUUUCCGAAGUCCUAAGAAGCCGACGGGUUUCGAUGCUAAAUUCUCAUCAAUAUACAAUCUAAUAAUUAACACAGAUUUCAGUCAAGUCAUUCAUAAAUAUUAUACAACAUUUAUCAGUAUUAUCUUCGGCAAAAACAACAAUAAUAAGGGCGAUAAUAAUGACAGUGGAACAGAUAACAAACCUACGAAUAACAACAAUGGUGAUAAUGAUUACAAUGCAAAUUACCAGCAAAUCAACCAAUUCUUAUCCGAUAUGUCUUUUGAAGAAGUACAAAAUGAAGAAAAUAUGCAGAUUUUCUAUAACUUUUUUAAUUUCUACGUGGAAUCUGAAAGUGUAUACAACUUCGUGAAGUUCUGUUUCCAAGACUCUGAACAACCUUCUAAUUUUGGCAUACAUUUUGCUGCAUUCUUGAAAAUGAUUUUGAAUUCCAAUUUGGAUGAAAUUCCCGAAGAAUAUUACUCUAUGUUUACCAAUAAUUUGUCUAUCUUUAAGAACGGAUAUAAAUUUAAUUCUGGAGCAGACUACGAGAGCAUAUAUGAAUUUUUAAUUGAUAUGAGUUUUGCUAAGUUACAAACGAAAGAGAAUUGGGAAAAAUUCUAUUCAUUCUUCAAAUUUUAUCCAGUGUCAGAAAAUAUGAUGGACUUCGUUAAAUAUUGCUUCCAGUACUCCGAAAAACCAGCUAACUUAGAAACCAAUUUCCAGACAGUUAUAAACGCGAUUUUCAAAUCAAAUUUUGAUAUCACACUGCAGUUCUACAUUCAAUUUGCGAAAUAUUUGUUUGGUGAAAGUCAAUUGAAUUAUAAAGAUAAUUACGAAGCAGUCUUCCAAUUUAUGAAAGACUUAACUUUCGAAGAAGCACAAGCGGGUGAUAAUUGGGAUACUUUCUAUUACUAUUUCCAAUUUUAUCCAACAUCAGAAGACUUAUUCAAGCUUAUGAAAUACUGUUACCAGUAUGAAAAAAAGCCAACUAAUUUCGACGCAAAUUUUGCACCUGUACUGAACGCAAUCUUUGGUGCCACUUCAGAUGAAGUAUCUGAGGACUUAUAUAAUUUGUUCAAGAAAAAUCUGUUCGGUGAUGACGACAACAACAAACCGCUGGAUUUUGGAAAGAAUUACGCUGACAUUUAUAAAUUUUUAGCCAACUUAAACUUUGAUGACGUACAAACGGAUGAAAACAGCCAAAAGUUCUACAGCAUCUUUAAUUUUAAACCGGAAUCUGAAAGCAAAUUCGAAUACAUUAAAUAUUGCUUUCAGUACGCUAAUAAACCUGCCAACUUCGAACCAAAUUUUGCUAAGGCCAUGAACGCAAUUCUCAGCUCAGACAUGGACGAAGUCCCAACUCACUUCUAUACACAGUUUGCAAAGAAUUUGUUCGGUGGCCAAAAUCAGUUUUACAAAGGAAAAUACGCUGAAGUGCAUAAGUUUUUGAAAGACCUAAAAUUUGAAGAUAUGGAUAAACCAGAUAACUGGGAUCUUUUCUAUUAUUAUUUUGAGUGUUAUCCAGUAUCGCCAAGUUUGUUUGAAUUCAUCAAGUUCUGCUUUCGAUAUGAAGUAGAGCCAGUUAACUUCCAAACGAAUUUCCAGAAGUGCUUAAAUAUGAUUUUUGAUUCAGAUGUUGAUGAAGUUCAAGAUGAUUUAUAUAUUACCUAUAUUAAGAACUUAUUUAAUGGAAAUAUUUAUAAAGCGAUACAUCAUUUCAUGAAAACCUUCACUUUUGAGGAAGCAACGACAUCCUUCCUUAAAGAAGUCUUCCAUUAUUACUUCCAGUUUUAUCCUCAGUCUGAAAGUUUGUAUAAUUUUAUGAAAGACUGUUUCCAAUAUGUUGACAAGCCAGUAAACUUCGAUAAGAAUUUCCAAACAACUUUAGGCGCUUAUAUGGAUUCGGGUAAAGAAGAGGUUUCAGAGGAUUUAUAUAAAAAAUUUAAAGUUAACCUAUUCGGUGGAGAAGAACAAAACGAAUGGUAUGAUUUUGGUUUCAACAAGAUGCUUGAUAAAGAUAAUGAUGAUCAAAAUGACCAAGGAGGCAACAGUAGCGGGGAUAGUGGAAGUGAUAAUGGAAAUUCUGGUCAAAAUAACCAAGGAGGCAGCAGUAGUGAUAGUGGAAGUGAUAAUGGAAGUUCUUGGUCUUAUUCUUGGACUAGCGGUGAUCAAGGCGGAAGUUCCAAUGAUAAUUCAGGCAAUGAUCAAAAUCAAUAUAGUGAAUGGUAUUAUUAUAAUUAAGAAACAACUUCUGCAUACAAUUGUAUAAAAAGAACUAAGAAUUUUUAAAAUGUGAAUUGAUUUUUUCUCUUUACUUUUAAUUCAACUUUUAUAAUUUUCUUAUUUUUUGAGAAAACUGUGCAGGUGAAGGAUUUGUGUUCAGUUCUAUGACAGUCUACGAAAAUAUUCAAUUUGUAAUAUAUUGUAUGCAUUUAAUAAAAGAAAUUUUUAAAAAAUG